ACAAAAUACAAUAGCCGUAUAACAGGAAAGUCUUAAGGCAAUGCGCUACCAAAGUGGGCAUUUAUACCAACUCUUUUAGCUCUCUCAUGUAGACUUCUUUUUGGUCUCUUAUAAGUUCUUUUUUUGUUCUGCUACUGCGGGAGGUAUGAAGAGACGCGGUCUGGUAUUAAUACUCACAGCUUCCACUUGGCUUCUAGUGCUACGCAAUUCAGCCUGUGCAUCAACCAAACUCCAAUGUCUGUGCACCGAGUGUCCAAAAGCUGUGUGUACCUCACACUAUGGCUGUUACAUCGACGUCAAAGAAAAAAGAAUAAAUACUACGCAUGCGCGGCAGAAGAUCACUUAUGGCUGUAUUGAGGAGUAUAAUAUUACAAUUUGUAAGCGGCAUGAAUGGGACGCCAUAAAACGAACUCGAAAACUCCCAAUUUGUUGCAGUGAUGAAGACCUCUGCAAUAUGCCCUUACUUCUAAAAGAUGUAAUUGAAAGAAAACACAAGAGCAAACAGGCAUACUGGAAAAGAAGACAGAGACUUCGUGACAACAACAAACAACCUUGUCCUGAAGUUGAGCCUGCAAUCCAAUUAGCCAGCGUAAUAUUACCCAGCAUCCUCAUCGCAGUUGUAUUUUUGAUUUCGUUUCUUCUUUUCGCGGAGCUAAUUCGACAUCGCAAGCUUUACGUCUGUGAAAAAUCACCCGAGAAUCAAAUCUCCCCCAAAAGUAAAUGCAAAUGUACUAAUCAAGAAUUAUCCUAUGAUUUGACUUCGGACACUAGUUCAAGCUUGACUCUGUCGUCAUUAUUGGCGAAAUACUGAAUGUAAAAUUUAUUUUAUUUCAUUUUAGAAAUAUGUGAAUAAUUGUCCAAGGUGUUAAAGAAGGUCUUUAUCAUUGUAAGCUCAUCGUUCGUCUCGCUAGGCACGGCUAUCUUUCAAGAUGGCGCAGGGAACUGUGAAGGGGACUAUUGUUACUGGCCGGUUUAGACAUUAAUUUUAGGGAGGGGAGAUGAUGAAAAUAGGGGAUUUACGUCCAUGACAGAAAGGUGACAGAAAGUAAGUGUACACAAGGAAAACCAGUAAGGACCAACAGUGAAUGACAGAGCAUAACGAAUGAAGAUCCACUAACUAUACAUGCAAUUUAGCAUGAUGCUGAAUAAGGUCUUAUAACAUGUUAUAAGAUGAGAAUAUGUGGUAGCACUUAUGAAAUACAAGAUAUAGAAAUAUA